AUGUCUAUUAUAGAUUACGUGGUUGUUGGUGGUAUAUUUUCUGGUGAAUGGGAGGAGAGUCCUAAAUGUUGGGUUUGGAAAACCGCGUCUAAGGAGACAGCUUCCAUUGCCCUUCAUCGCAACGGUUCAUACGCCGACAUGGUUAAAAGCGUAAUGGAGAGCAGUGAAUUAUGUUGUGAUCAAAGCAAGGCGUCGGUGAAAAUGUCAUUCAAUUACACAACUCUGAAGAGUAGUAAGAAAUACUUGAGGGUGAGGUGCGUAGAUCGUACUUGCCGGUGGAUGGUGCGCGCAUGUGCUAUUGGAGAAUCGGGUUGGUUUCACGUCCACAAGUACGUGGGAGAGCAUACUUGUGGCAUUGAUCAUGUCACGGGAAAGCACAAGAAUGUCACCGUGGAGGUCAUUGCCUCACUUAUUUUAAACUUUUUCGUCGACAACAAAGGUCUAAGCACGAAAGAGAUCGAGAUGAUCGUAUUUAGGGAGCUACAUUGCAGGCCGAGCUAUUGGAAGUGUUGGAUGGCAGGCGUCAUUGUGAAGAACAUAGUUCGAGGUACGCCCGAGCAUGGAUAUCCAGUGCUUCCUGCAUUUUCAUAUAUUUUCAAAGGCCUCAACCCCGGGUCUAUUAAUUCCCUCAGGGUCAAUGAGGAGUCUGGCAGGUUUAUUUACUACUUUAUGGCGUCUGGGGCUUCCAUCCGUGGAUAUGCACACAUGAGAAAGGUCGUUAUCAUUGAUGGCACGCAUUUUUCCGGCAAGUACGAGGGCGUGUUGUUGUCCGCUGUCACUCAAGAUACACAGAAUCAUAUCUAUCCCUUAGCGUAUUGUGUGGUGGAUAAGGAGAACGAUGCGUCAUGGGGAUUUUUCUUUGAGAAGCUUAAGGCCUUUGUCGUUGACGAACCAGAGUUGUGCGUUAUCUCCGACAGACACGUAAGCAUAGCCAACGGACUCACAAGGCAUUAUCUACUUGCGCAUCACGGUGAUUGUAUGAGGCAUCUCGAUGAAAAUCUUCGAAUAAAUCACCAUUGUUUCGAUUCUCUCUAUUUGUACUACCAUGUGGCCAAGGCGUACAUGUUGGAAGAAUUUAAUGACUACUUCAACGCCCUUAAAGAAAGAUGCCCCAGUGCAGCAGCUUGCCUCGAGCAUGAAGUAGGAUUUGAAAAGUGGAGUCGGGCUUACUUUCCAGCAUUGCGUUUGAAGAAUGGGGACGAAUACAGCACUAGCAUUUAUAAGUACUCUUCGAAAAUAUAUUCAAAAGCAUUAUACCUCCUUGCAUACUUGGAACCUAUUUGUACAGCACAACUUGAGCCGGAGUGGAGUAUGGCGCGAGAGUAUCUUGAAAUGUAA